CGAAAUCCUGUGGUUCACACUAAUGAAUGCGAACAAAAGAGUAUUCAUUCUUUUCAUCUGACAACAAAUAAAAAAAACAUUUCUCGUAGUGAGCUUGAUGUACUUUUAUGUGGGCUACUGCAGUGUUUGCUAGUGUGAAUACAGGACGUUCAAGCACGAAGGAAUGCCAGCACUUCCUGCAAGAGGUGCCACGCCAGUCAUUAAUUUUUCACGCAGUAUUCUUCGCGGGCCUUGGAGACGGCGAAAAAAAAGACAAAAAAGCUAAAAACACAACUAGCUGCCUCCAUAGCACAAAAAACAAUAACAAAAAUCCUCCUGGAAGUUAUUUAAACAACAAAAACUUAAAUUAUCAACCUGUCAAGUAUUUUUAGAGAGUUGCCUAUUGUGACCACAUGUUAAAGCCUUUCCCAGUUCACUCAGAGACUGGGCUGGGCUUCAUCACCAUGCUUAGAAGUGUCCUCAGACCCGGGGUGAUACUGGGUGGGAGACGCACCCCCCUGCAUCCACACGGUCGUACGAUCUGCCUGAGUGGUAGGGAGAAAGCAGGAACACUCGCCUUCAGUCUACGAAAGUUCACGCAGACGAGAGGUAGCGGCGUCAUGAUCUUCAGACAGCUCUUUGACCGGGACUCCUGCACCUACACCUACCUCCUGGCCGACCCGGACACCAAGGAGGCCGUGCUGGUGGACCCUGUGAUAGAACUGGCUGAGAGAGAUGCCAAACUGGUUGAUCAGAUGGGGCUGAACCUCAUCUAUGUUAUGAACACCCACAUGCACGCCGACCACAUCACCGGCACAGGCCUGCUGAAGAAACUGGUGCCUUCCUGCCAGUCUGUCAUCUCAAAGGAGUCAGGAGCCAUGGCUGAUGUGCACGUCGAGCACGGGGAGGUGGUGAAGUUUGGCGAGCAGGAGCUGGAGGUGCGACAGACCCCGGGACACACCAACGGCUGCGUUACCUAUGUGUGUCAUGGGGAAAAGUUUGCCUUGACUGGCGACGCACUGCUCGUCCGAGGGUGCGGCCGGACCGACUUCCAGGAGGGAUCUGCCGAAACCCUCUAUGAGUCAGUCCACUCCCAGAUCCUGAGCCUCCCUGACGACUUUGCUCUCUACCCAGCCCAUGACUAUGUUGGACAUACCGUGACAUCUGUGGCAGAAGAGAAGGAGUUUAAUCCUCGCCUGACCAAGAGCAAGGAGGAGUUUAUUGACCUCAUGAACAACUUGGGCCUGGCAUACCCUAGGAAGAUAGACAUCUCCCUGCCAGCCAACAAGGUGUGUGGGCUGUACAACCUUCCUGAUGACCUGGCAGAGAAGCUGAAGGAUGAAUAGAUGUGAUGACAGGGAUGGCAGUGAUGGUGGUAGUGGUGGUGGUGUUGAGGUGGUGGUGCCUUGGCUACCUUAAGCUGCUGCUACACAGGGCAAGAUUCCCGCGGAAAGGAACUGUACUCUGAAACACUUAUGCGCUGCACCUUGACAACUUUCAAAAUGCUUUAGUAGAAGUGGCACGUGUUUUUAAGGGUGUUUUUGUGGUUGUAGAGAGAGAUUAGCAAGGUUUCUGCAUUAUUAACAGGAGAAACGUUCUUGAGAACCUGUUUAAUCAUCUCUGUGGCCUUUGGAAAUAGUUGUGAUGAGAGAGCAGAGUGCUCCAGUAACCUUUUUUUAUAAGCAAUUACUGAUUCCUUGAGCAAACAUUCUUACGAGGGAACUUCUCUUAUGCAGAAUGACAUCUGAAAAUCCUUCAGAUCUUGUAAUUAUUUCACUUAAAAGUAUAGUAAUCUUAGGUGGGUGUGAUAACAAAAAAAAAAAAAAAAAAAUUGAUCACAAUAACCGAUAAAUCAAUAACGGUAAUCUUAUCGGUGACAACUGGUAAUUGAUAACUGGCGAUAAAUUUUUCGCCCAAUAAUCGAUAAAUCAAUAAAUUCAGAAUUCCAAUACUAUUGAUAAAGAUAAUGACAUUUUGAAUAAAAAAAAGUUGAUAAAUCCAAAUCUUUAUCUUUAUCUUAGAAAACUUGGAAAAAUCUUAGAAAAAAUUCAAAUUCAAUGCUUAUCCUGUCUCUUCACCAAUGAAAAGUGUUGCUUUAAGUAAAAUAACUACAUUUGACUCUGAAAGUUUAAAACUUCAACAUGUUCAUGUUCCAAAAACUAAAAAUUAUUGAUCAUUGCUAGUUUGGAACAAAGUAUCGACAAAGCUGAUGAAUCAGUAACGCGGGAAAAGUAAUUAUCGGAUAACCGAUGACCCGAUAUCGUUAUCACGAUAAUUUAUCACAACAGCAUCAGCUUAUGACAGUAGUGUACUUACGAAUAAACGUGAAAAUUUAAUUCAGACGCUUUCUUCAGAUAUGCACCGAGAUGGUAGGUGUGAACAUGGAGGGCUCAUGGAAGCAGUCACCCUCUGACUUGACUCCUGGCUGUGUGGGUGGGAACUGCUUGCUGUGGGGAAUGUGCCCUGUGUAAUAGUGGUUGUACGGCACAUGUGAUAGUAUUGUGAUGCAUAGAGGCUGCUGUGGGCUGGUCUGGUUAGCAUGUUGGGCACAAUACCAUGAUUUCUUGCCUCCCAACUCCUGGUGCUGAGAGUAAUGGUGCAUCUGUGUGUGUGUGUGUGUGUGUGAUUUGGCCAUCUAGUAAGGAGAGGGAAUGAGAAACCUAUGAAGACAUCUCUAAAACACCUGCUGAGUAUGGAUGAUGAAGGGAUUGAAAGAGAAUUGGAUUGAGAGUAGACUUGUAGAAAGUGGAAGCAACAGAAGAUGCAAGGGAGAGAAACAGCUAGAGAAGACACAUAUAUUGGCCAAUCCCUGGACAUGAUUUCAGUAAGCAACCCAGAAAUAAAACUUGGAAUGUUGAGAGAGAGAGAGAGAGUAGCACUGGGAGGUUUUGUGCCUACAUGUUGAUUAGCACCACAGCCACAGUAGGUGAUAAGAGAAUGAGUUACCACAAAGAUUUUAUAGUUUGAUUUUAAUGUGUCGAUACUGAAGAAUUAUUUUAAAACACAGAGUAGUUAAUAUAUUUUAGUAUUUCCAGUAACUGGUGAUGGGUGUAAUGUAUUUUUAUGCACAAAAGCACAAUUUAUUUAUAUGUAUAGAAGUGGAUUGAAGGAAAAAUACACUGCAUACUGAAUAAUGCAA